AUUUAGCCUCUCAGCCGGACUCUUUCUUGGCCGGAAUUUCCUUCCAAAAUGCCUUAAAAAGUUUGGUUAAUUAUUCCUUAUAUCAGCCGGUUGAUGACUUGAAAGGGUGCAAAGAAAAUUUAAUUGCAGGCCAACUAGCCCCC